ACCCAAUCCAAUCCAGUCACCCACUUUACCGACUUGACAUUUGUCAUCUCAGCCGCACAUACCUACCUCACCAUACCUUACCCAUACCAUCAACAAGUCCCACAACGAGCGACGAUGACGGACACCACAAGUGCCAACAAGGCUUACUUCGACAAGCUGGCGGCCGAUUAUGAUUCGAGAUUCGAGAAAACCAUCGAGCAACUCGUCCGAGAGAUUCAGAGACGGAAGGAUUUACUUGGCGUCGACUCUGCGGGCGAUGACGACGAUAGCGAUGACGACGAUGGCCCAAGGACCGGCCGGAAGCAGGUCAAGCUGCUCGAUUAUGCCUGUGGAACCGGUCUGAUCUCCAGGGCCCUUGCCCAAUACACGACGCAAUGUACAGGGAUAGACAUCUCCGAGAACAUGGUAGCGGUUUACAACACAAGAGCUGAAAACCAGGGCCUAUCUGAGGACGAGAUGCGUGCCUAUCAUGGCAAUCUGGUCGACCCGGCGGACCCAGCGCCUGCCGCCUUUGAGGGUUCUCGAUUCCGAGACUUCGACGUCGCGGGCGUGGGCUUGGGGUUUCAUCACCUGGACGACCCGGAGUACGCCGCGCGCCAACUUGUCGCGCGCUUGCGGCCCGGUGGCGUGUUCUUCGUCGUUGACUUUUUGCCGCACGCACCUGUGGGUGGUCAGGGGCAUCGCCACGGUCACGGUCACGGUCACGGGCACGGUCAUGAACAGGGGGCCGGACAAGAACACGAGGCCGCCGACGCCAUCAAGCAUCACGGCUUUUCGGAGGAGAGGGUUCGGGCCAUAUUCGAAGCCGCCGGGGCGGGCCAAUGCUUUAUGUUUAUGGAGCUCGGCAGCGGUGUCGUGUUCCACGGCACUCGCGGGGAAGGAGGUGAACCGAUGAAGAGGAGGGUUUUCUUGGCCAGAGGUACCAAGGCAUGAGAAAGGAUAGAAAUGGCGCGGAAAGGAGGCCUGAGAGUUUUCAGCUCGGAAGGAAACCAAUCCAUAGAUUUAGGGACUGAAUUGACAUUCUUUGAAGUUUGCAA